AUGGCCUCAUUAAUCGCGAUAUUAGAUUUGAAAGGGAAGUCUCUAAUACAGAGGUCUUAUAAGGAUGAUAUUCCCGCGUCCACCGUCGAUAGAUUCAUGCCAAUAGUCUUGGAUAUGGAAGAAGAUCUACAAACUGUAACUCCUUGCUUUACAAAGGAUGGUGUCAAUUACAUGCACAUCAGGUACUCAAACCUCUACAUACUCGCUCUCUCUAAAAACAACUCAAACGCAGCUGAAAUUAUCCUUUUCUUGCAUAAACUUGCUUCUGUUUUUACUGAAUAUUUCAAGGAACUUGAAGAGGAAUCCAUUAGAGACAAUUUCGUUAUUAUUUAUGAACUUUUCGAUGAAAUGAUGGACUAUGGUCAUCCACAGACAACUGAAUCAAAGAUUCUACAGGAGUACAUUACUCAGGAAUCUUAUAAGCUCGAAUCUCAAGCUAGACCUCCAAUGGCUGUCACAAACGCUGUCAGUUGGCGUAGUGAGGGUAUCCGUUAUCGCAAGAACGAAGUCUUCUUAGAUGUCGUCGAGUCUGUAAAUAUGCUCGUUAACGCUUCUGGUAACGUCAUUAGAAGUGAGAUUCUUGGUGCCGUCAAAAUGAAAUGCUUCCUCACUGGAAUGCCUGAGUUGAGGCUCGGUUUGAACGACAAAGUCAUGUUCGAAACUACUGGCAGGACAAACAGAGGGAAGAGUAUUGAAAUGGAGGAUGUCAAAUUUCAUCAGUGCGUGAGGUUGUCGAGGUUUGAAAAUGAUAGAACCAUCUCUUUCAUUCCACCCGACGGUGAAUUCGAGCUGAUGAGCUAUCGGUUGUCAACUUCAGUAAAACCCCUUGUCUGGGCUGAAGCAAGUAUCGAAUAUCAUUCAGGCUCACGUGUCGAAUACACUGUCAAAGUAAAAGCAAACUUCAAAAAGAGAUCAUCUGCAAACAACGUUGAAAUACUUAUUCCAGUUCCAGAUGACGCUGAUACCCCUAAAUUUAGAAGUGCGACUGGAUCAGUCAGCUAUGCGCCUGAUCAGAGUUGUUUCAUCUGGAAAAUAAAGCAGCUGGCUGGUGGAAAAGAGUUCUUGCUUCGAGCCGAGUUUGGGCUGCCUAGUGUGAAAGGAGAUGAUAUACAAUCCAAACGUCCAAUCUUGGUUAAAUUCGAAAUUCCAUAUUUCACUGUCUCUGGCAUACAAGUGCGCUAUUUGAAGAUUGUUGAAAAGAGCGGCUACCAAGCUCUGCCUUGGGUUAGAUACCUCACCAACGAUGGCGACUACGCGCUGCGCACCAACGUAGACCGAACUAACAAUGAGAUAUCGCAAGAGAUAAGCCUGGCAGAUGCAGCCGCCAAUGCUGAGUUCGCAGAGAAGAAACGCGUGUGGGUGCCAGAUCACAAGGAGGGCUAUCUCUCUGGCUGGGUAGCCAAGGAGAAUGGCGAAGAGUGGGACGUCGUAUGCAACAGCGAGACGAGAACGAUGCGGAGUGACUUGCUAUCACCGCAGAAUCCGCCACGAUUUGAUAAAGUCAGCGAUAUCGCCGAACUUACAUUUCUUAAUGAAGCAUCCGUAGUACACAACCUCAGAUCGAGAUAUGGCUCUGAUUUGAUUUACACCUACUCUGGCCUCUUCCUCGUGGCGGUAAACCCUUAUCGUGACCUGCCCAUAUACACAGACGCGCACGUACAAGCCUAUCGCAAUAAACGGAGAGAAGAUAAUGCGCCGCAUAUCUUUGCUGUGACUGACAGAGCUUGGAAUGAUAUGAUGGCUGAGCGCGAAAAUCAAUCUGUUCUGAUUACUGGUGAAUCAGGUGCUGGUAAAACUGAGAACACAAAAAAAGUAAUUCAAUACCUCGCUUCAAUAGCUAGCAACUCAGCAGGACGCGUCGACUCUUUGUCACGAUCUACACAGCCUCGUACACCGUCUAGAACACCAACCGCAUUCUCAACUCCAGUUUCUGUACCAAAUUCACCUUCCUUGGGCCAGUCUAUAACGCCAUCAUCCUCAAUGACAAGUCUAGGCACAUUGGAAAGACAGAUCCUACAAGCCAACCCGAUUCUUGAAUCUUUUGGUAAUGCACAAACUGUCAGAAACAAUAACUCGUCAAGAUUCGGUAAAUUUGUGCGCAUUGAGUUCAGCACUAAAGGUCAAAUAGCCGGUGCACACAUAGAUUGGUAUUUGCUUGAAAAGUCCAGAGUUAGCUCAAGAUCUAAUCAGGAAAGAUCGUUCCAUGUCUUUUACCAUUUCCUCAACGGUGCCGAUCAAGAUUUGCUCGAUGCCUUGCAGAUCCCUUCAGCCGACAUCAAUCACUACAAUUACCUCUCCAAAACGCGCAAGCAGGUGGAUGGUAUAGAUGACGAGAAAGAAUGGGACAUGCUCAUUGGUGCACUGGAUGUACUUGGGUUCGACAAGGAGGAGCAGCUGAAUCUGUUCAGAGUCGUUGGUGCGAUCCUCCACCUCGGCAACAUUGACAUCAAAGGAGACAGAUCGGGCCAGGCACGUAUUGAAGACAAGGAUGCGCUUGAGCGACUCUCCCUUGUUUUAGGAUUGUCAUCCUCUAAGGAGCUCGAGCAAUCCAUUAUCAACCCCCGCGUGAUGGCGGGCAAGGAAACAGUGAUCCAAUCACGCUCUGAAAGUCAAGCUAAAGCGGAAGUUGCAUCACUCGCUAAAACAAUUUACGAAAAGAAUUUCUCCAAGCUGAUUGAGAAAGUUAACACAGUCCUCGACCGCGCUACAGAAAGCAACACAUUUAUUGGUGUGCUUGAUAUAGCAGGAUUUGAGAUAUUCAAGAAAAACUCGUUCGAGCAGCUAUGUAUCAACUACACUAAUGAGUGUCUGCAACAAUACUUCAAUCAUCACAUGUUUGUGCUCGAGCAGGAAGAGUAUCAGAGAGAGGGCAUCGAAUGGAACUUUGUCAAUUUUGGAUUGGAUCUUCAGCCCACUAUCAAUCUCAUUGAGAGUGUUUCUCCAAUUGGUAUUCUUAGCUGCUUGGAUGAGGAGUGUAUUAUGCCAAAAGCUAACGAUCAGACAUUCACUCAAAAACUUACAUCGCUAUGCAUGAAUAGAGAUGACGGCAGCAAACUGAAAUUCAGCAAGUCUAAAUUCGGAGACGAAGGGUUCAUAGUGCAGCAUUAUGCGGGUAAAGUUGAAUACGAUACUGAAGCAUGGUUGGAGAAGAACAAAGAUCCAAUUAAUGACCAUCUCACCAAAGUUCUAUCGAAUAGCUCAGAUGCAUAUAUCGCAGACCUUUUCUCAGAGUACACACCGGAUGACAGAAAAGCAAGCAGAGGAGGAAAAGGUGGAGCUUUCAGAACUGUCGCACAAAGACAUAAAGAGCAGCUAAAUGCGUUGAUGAGGCAACUCAACUCUACGGAACCACAUUUCGUCAGAUGUAUUCUACCCAACUCAAUAAAGAAGCCGGGAAGAAUUGAGGUAAAUCUUGUACUCGAUCAGCUGCGCUGCAAUGGUGUACUGGAGGGUAUCAGAAUUGCUAGACUGGGUUAUCCAAACAGACUGCCGUUCUCAGAGUUCAGAUCCAGGUAUGGUGUCCUCACUCCAAAUGUUCUCUCAGUACACUAUAUGGAUGCUAGGAAAGUGUGCCAGCGCAUGCUCGAGAGUUUGGAGCUGGACUCAGAGCUAUACAGAAUCGGUAAUAGCAAGAUCUUCUUCAAGUCAGGUGUGCUCGCCGAAAUGGAAGAGAGAAGGGACAACAUUCUCUACGACUUGUUCACGUCCAUUCAAGCAUCUUCUAGAGGAUUCAUUACGAGGAGGAUUAUACACAAGCUGAGAAAUAAGGCCAACGCUGCUCUAAUUAUCAAUAGGAACGCUGAGUUAUCUAACAACCUAUCGCAAUGGGCAUGGUGGAGAGUUUUUAAUAAGGUCAGACCACUCCUAACUGCUACGAGAUCCGAAGAGGAGAUCAGGAAGCGGGAAGAUCAAUUACAAUCCAUGCAGAGGAGGCUUGAAUUUAUAGUAAAAGACCAGCAAGCGAAUAACUCUGAACAGAGGCGCAUACAAAAGCUGCUUAUGAGUACACAAACAGCCUUAGAAACCGAACGGGAUCAAUCACUGCAAAACUCGCACCUCAUAGAAAGAUUCCAGACGCGCGAAGUUGAGAUGAGCGAAGAGAUAGACAACCACCGUGCUUUCAUCAAAGAUCUAGAAAACCAACUCGAAAAGGCAUUGAAUGGAAUGAAAGAGGCGGAAUCUCGACACCAGGAUCUAAGAAGCGACUUUGAUAUUGCCAGUACCGAAAUCUUGCGCUUGGAAAGUACAGUGGCUGACAAUAGUAAAAUGAAGGAACUAGCCAAUGAUUAUGAGCACAGACUUGCAGUAACAUCCUCUGAGCGCGACAAAUUUGGACGGGAGUUGCAGGCACUUCGCAGUAAGCUCACCGAAACACUCCAUCAGCUGCAGGAAUUCGAGGAGAAGAGUACAAGAUUUGACGAUAUCUCCUUGAGAUGCCAGGAGGUGGAAAGCGAGUUGGCUGAUGUUGUGCUGCAAUUUAAGCAUUCUAAGAGUACAAGAGACGACGAAUUGGAGGAAAUGCGCGAGCAACUAACUCAAUCUAUAGAAGAUGCUGAAACCUCAAGGAGUGAAAUUGAAUCACUCAAGAAGAGAGCGCUCGAUGCAGAGUCUUACGAAGACAACUACAAAAGAUUGAAACAGGACUACGAUGAAGAGGUUCAGAGAGCAGUCGAAGCAGAAACUUACAAAGUCAACUACGAUACUCGCUCUCUCUAA